AUGAAGGAGGAGGAGAAAAAAUUAUUGGGGAAGCAAAUUGAUGUUGGUGUUGAUUCGAAUGAUAAUGAACCUAUUAGUUCUUUGUUCAAGUUGAAGAGACUUAGAAACCUUAAAAAGGUUAAGGUAGUUUUGGAGAAGGUUGAAGUUAGGGAAGAUAAGCUAGUGGUUGAGAAAGAGGAUUUAGGAGGAAUGGAUGAUACGCUUACGAGUUUUAUGAAAAAGUUGAAAGGUCCUAAGAAGGAUUUAGGAUCUAUCCAAAAAGAAGUUUCCAAGCCUCAAGACAAUCACCCAGAGUCUUCACAGUUCCCUUCACACUUGAGCAAAUAA